UGCAGGGGAGGAAGUAAACAGCGACGGAAAAAAGCAGGGUUGAGACAACGGAGGCUUAUGGAGAAGAGAAGAUAUAAGCCGUGUCUCCCCUCUCUCAUCAUGGGCAACGUGAGGUCACUGGCAAAUAAGAUGGACGAGCUGACAGCGGUCACCAAAAGUCAGAAGGAGUACCGGGAAUGUAGUCUUAUGUGCUUCAAUGAGACAUGGCUUCACCAGGACAUUCCCGACAAUAAUGUCUCCAUCAGCGGCUUCCAGACUGUUCGGGCCGACCGGGACUGCACCGAGAGCGGUAAGCGUAAAGGAGGGGGGCUUGCUGUUCUAGUAAAUAACCGCUGGUGCAGUCCUGACCAUAUUUCCAUUAAGGAACGUAUCUGUUGCCCGGACAUUGAACUGUUUGCUGUUGGACUCAGGCCGUAUUAUUUGCCCAGGGAGUUUUCACAUGCCAUUAUUGUAACUGAUUACAUCCCCCCCUCUGCCAACCCGACGUCGGCAUGUGACGUCAUUCACUCCGCCAUAGCCCGCCUGCAGACUAAACACCCGAGUGCCUUCAUAGCUAUCUCGGGUGACUUCAACCAUGUCACCAUGGCAACAACAUUACCCACAUUCACACAGUAUGUGAGCUGCCCUACCAGAGAGGAGAGAACACUGGACUUGCUGUAUGCAAACGCCAAAGAUGCAUACAGCUGCUCCCCCCUCCCCCCUCUGGGUAGGUCAGACCACAAUCUGGUGCACCUCAACCCCUGCUAUGUACCACUAGUCAAGAGCCAGCCUGCGACCAUGAGGACAGUGAGGAGAUGGUCGGAGGAGACUUAUGAGACACUGCAGGUUGCAUUGUGGACCACUGCCCUGGGCCUCAGGGAAGGAGUUCCACUGGGCCCAGUGCGCUCAAGGGUGACCAUAACUACAGAUGCCUCAGAGGCAGGCUGGGGGACCUUAUGGGGGAACCACCCGGCCUGGGGGCGGUGGGGUCCCUUUUGGAGAGGGACUCACAUCAACCUGCUCGAGCUGGAGGCAGUUUAUCGGGCCUUGGUGUAUUUCCUUCCAGUAAUUCAGGGGAAGCAUGUGUUGGUCCAGAUCAACAAUUCAACCGUGGUCGCUUACAUCAACCACCAAGGGGGUCUGCGUUCAUGGUCCCUGCACAACUUGGCAAAAUCCUCCUCUGGGCUCAUGCUCAGGGUGUGUCCCUGA